CUUUAAAACCAUAAAGAAAAGUUUGGUUAGGAAAAAUACAAAAACAACCAACAUCAAAAUAAAUUUGUCAAAUAAAUAAAUUGGGAGACGUAUAAACUUUUCAAGUCUAGUCAAAAGAAACUGUUGUAAUAAUUCAUAAUGAAUUACCUGAAAACCCUAGGGCUGACAAAAACCGUCGCCCCAAAUUUUCGAAUUCUAACCCGUUUGUGUAGUGGCAACGUAAUACACCCCUCAGACGAGCCCGUCAUUGAAAUUCCCAGGCCCAAGAGCCGCGACAACGAAACCAUGGCACAGCGAAAGUCUCGCUUGGUUUACCAAUCCCGUAAAAGAGGCAUGCUGGAAAACGACUUAUUACUAAGCACAUUCAUUGACAAAUAUUUAGAGGGAUUCAAUGAGCAACAGACCAAUUUAUAUGACAGAUUGAUUAAUGGACCCUCGAAUGAUUGGGACAUUUAUUACUGGGCCUCAGAUAUCAAAGAAAUCCCUCCCGAAUUUGACAGCGAAGUGAUGCAACUUUUAAGGCUCCACUGCAAGAAUUUAAACAAAGAAUCUCGCUUAAGACAACCCGAUUUGAAAUGAAAAAUUUGCCUUGAAGGUAUUGUAAUUUUUUUUUUGUCAGUAUUUAAAAUGUUAUGAGAGA